AUGUAUUUGAAAGGCAGAAAUGGAAAAACUGAGCACCAUGGGGAAAAUGACGAGAAUUUCCAAAAUGAUGAAAAUUGUCAAAAUAACAGAAUGGAUAUGAAUAAUUACAAAAAUAUUAUGCACAAUAAGAAAAAAAAAUUGGGACUUAUGGGCAUGGAUUAUUUAGACAAGACUGUUAAAUUCUCAAAAACGGAGAAGAAAAGUAGAGACUGCGUGGAUGGAAGAGGCACACAUCAACAAACAUCCAAUCCUGGAGAAGUAAUGGAAGAAGAGGAAGAAGAGGAAGAAGAAGAGGAAGAGGAAGAAGAAGAAGAAGAUACAGAAGAAGAUGAAGAUUAUGAAGUUGAUGAAGAAGACGAGGAAGAUGAAGAUUAUGAAGUUGAUGAAGAAGACGAGGAAGAUGAGGAUUAUGAAGAUGAUGAUUACGAAGAAGAAGAUUUAGAAGACAAAAUGAAACAAAUUAAUUUCAACUCGUACAACAAUUAUUAUUAUGAGUCGUAUAACUCAGGUGGGGGAGAAAAAAAAACUGAAAUAAGCCAUCCGGUGGGGAGCAAAAAUGAAAAAUUCGAAAAAGGAGAGGAAAAAAUGGACGUCCGAGUGGAUACUCAAGUGGAGGCCCAAAAGGAGAAGAGGAACGAAAUGAUGUUUGAGCGGUACAACAAAUUGUUGCAAAAUUAUAAACUGAAGAAGGAGAAAAUGGAUACAAAGUUUGCAAAAGACAAGAUCAUCGAUGGUGGAGAAAAUGGAACGGAUGAGGUAGAGGAAGAAGGAGGUUCUUCAUGCUACAGCUGUAACAGCAGUAACGGUGAAGAAAGAAUCAAAUACAGAACUACAAAUGGAGGGAUUGAAAAUACUAGACAUAUAAAUAUGGGUAAAGAUAACCAGAGUAGCGAGAAGUAUCUGAUGGGAGACACAAACAACUACUUAAGGGAAAGGUACGAAGAAGAGGAAGGAGAAGAAGAAGAUAAUAAGGACAAUUUCAUAGCAGAUGUGCUGAAUAGAAUAGACGAAAUUUAUAAUAAAGAGUCAAGAUACACUAAUUUAAAAAGUGUAAACAAUAGUAAUAACAAUAUAUGUAUUAACGAUUUAAAUUUAAACCUAAUAAGUGAUUAUUUAAAUGUCGACAUUUCAGUUUUUCAUAAAAAGACAACCAUACUAUUAUUGGGAAAUCCUCAGAGCGGAAAAAGUUCUUUCAUUAAUUGGUUUACGGAAAGUUAUGUUCAAAAUACGAAUUGUCUGGUGAAAAAAAAUGAAAUAACUUAUGUGGAUAUAAAAAAUAAUUUCAAAUUUAAUUUUAAACGAUUAAAUAACGCCAAUUAUCAGUUUGGAUAUAUGAAUCGAUACAAAAGUAGGAAGUGUGGUUUCAAUGCUUCUCACAGUAAUGCAAGAAAUGUUAAUCAAAUUGGGAGUGCUCAGACAAACCAUGGGAAUGAUGAAAACAUGGACAGCAGCAGUAGUAGUAGUAGUAAUAGGAGUAGUAACAGGAGUAAUAGCAGAAAUGGUAACAGCAGAAAUGGUAAAUGUAAAGGUAGAAUUCCAACUGGUGAAAUAACCCCUCACAAGCAGAAUAAAAAAAUAAUCCUGUCUGGAGAAAACUGUGAUUAUCUGUUUAUGCCUUUUCAGAAACUACGUAAAAAGGCACACAAUAUUAAAAACUACAUAUAUGGGAAAAUAUGCUACCAAAACAAUUUGACAAAAUAUAUGAACAGAAUCAAUUCCGUAUCUUUUUUAGAUACCAGUGGAAUAAAUGAUAUUUGCGAUAUGGAAUAUGAUGAAAUCAUCAUGAAUCUUUCAAAAUAUGUAGAUUCUAUAUUCAUAUUUGUUGAUUCAAAUCAGUUUUCCAUAAACAACAGACUACUAAGAAUAAUCAAUUAUCUAUUGGACAACCAAUUGCAUAAGGUAACCAUCUGUCUUACAAGAAUCGAUUUAAUCCAAAAAAUUAAUUUAUACAAAGUUGUAUUUUACCUUACUCAGUAUUUUCUAAGAAAUUUAAACCUCUUUAAGAACAAUUUGACAAACAUCAAUGGACCCUCUACCUACCUCAAUAAAGGACAAAUCGAUCCAUACACUUGUCAACAAAUAGAAGAGAAAAAACAACAAGGGCAUAGCAAAAAUUUUCAUAAAAUAAGUGAAUACUUUAACAGGUCUAUUAAAUCCUUCCAGAAUCUUCUGCUCAUCCCUGAACUUCUCUCCAAAAUUGGUAGUACCAAAAAUUGUCGUCAGGGCGAUUCAGCAUUCAGAGGUUUUAAAAAUUACCACACCAGUUCUAUUCGACAUGCGCAUCCCCAUCUGGGCGAGGGGGAAGACAAAGAGGAUGAAUAUGAGUAUGAACGAGCAGAAAGAUACAAACACGGUGAUGGACGAGGACACUACUAUAACUUCCAAAUGGAGCACGACCAACUGGGUUACAGAAACAUGGAUGAAUAUGAACCAAGUUGCAGGGAACUGAAUAAUUUCCAGAUGAAGAAGCACCAUCCGUAUGGGGUCGAAAAGGAACUCAGAAAAUAUGAACCCACGCAAGAGCAAGGGGUAGUGGAGGAAAAAGAAGAAGAAGGUGGAAUUUUGAAAAAAAUUCUUACAAAAAGUUACAACUCCUUUAAGGAUAAGCUAAUGAAUUCCAAUCAUACCAAGGGUAGAAGCAUGAGCAGAUGUAAGAAUGACUCAAGGGAGAGAGAAGGGAUGUGCAACAAUGGGCGACGUGUUUCCCAAGUGAACAGACAAAAUGUGAGUUUUUCUGAUUCUGAAGAGUUAAAUGAAUCGGGGGAAGGUAACUACCAGUAUAACACACAAGAUCGAAAAAAAAAAAUAAAGGACAAGAGCCAAAGAGGGGAGGGUGAAGGAAAGGUAAAAAAGCAAUUGGAUAAUUUAUUUGAAAAAAAGAUAAAUUAUGGAGAUUGUUUAAAAAAUUUAAGUAUAUUUUUCCUUGUUUUAAUUUAUGAAGUUGUAAUGACUGUCUAUAGUAUAGUGCAUACAAGUAUAAAUAAUUAUAUUAACACAAAUGGUCGUCGUGGGAGAGUAAUAAAUGUCGAUAAAUUGCACCAGUUGGAAGAUGCUAAUAAGUUUAAGCACAAUGAUAGAUAUAACAGUUCCAACAAUUCUUACAAAAUAUUAGAAUUUUUGACUAUAUAUUUACCAGAAAUACCACGGGAUUUGUUAAAAAAAGAGAAAUGGAAAUAUGAAGGGCAUAAUAUCAAAUAUAACCAGGAAAGGAGAAACCGAUUCAGUUGUAACAUCAUCAACUAUGAAAAUAAUCAGUAUUUUGGACGAGUGAAAAAGGAUCAUUUAAGUCUAAAUGAGUAUGAUGGUGGUGCUAGUGACCUUGGUAGUGGAAGUGACAGUGGUAAUGGGGAACAUAUCAACAAUAAUCCAUAUAAUAAUUCACGAUACCCCCAAAGGAGAAGCAUUCCUGAUGAUUUCAUGCUUCUAGGAAAUACAAAUAAUACAACGAAUAGGUAUAUGAACAUUCCAAAUAAUGAUAGUUAUUUAACUCCUAAUCAGGUUACAGGGACUAGUCAGGUCUCAGGGAUUAACCAUAUAUACAGAGAUCCUUCCAUGAUUGACAAUUAUUACAACGUCAAUGGGAAUACCAGCUCGUAUUUACAAAAAAAUGGCAACACAAGACGCCGAGGAUCCUACUUAACCAAAGGGGAAGUAUCACAUGAACAUGUAUCCGAUAUGCACCACAAUUUCCGUGUAAAUAAUAUGUAUAGCGGGGUAAGCAAUGGAAGGGGCACCUACAACCUCCGUAUUGACCCGAGAGUGGACUCAUAUGGUAAUGCACCUUUUCACGAUUUCCCACGCGCACGCAUACGCAAUGAUGAUGUUAAAGAACUUAACAUGAUACAGGAGCUCCUAUUUAAAAUAGACGAGACAAUUGACUUGAAGAGCAACCAAAGUAUUUACAUGCUCAAACGAGACCUCGAAAAAAUACAAAAUAGUUGCUUAAAAAAAAUAUCCGAUAAUGAAGAAAUAAUUAAGAAAAACAGAUCCUUACGUAUCCAAAAUAUAAAAUUUUAUUUUUUCAAAUACAUGGCCAUAUUUUUCGGAUUUAUCAUAUCAUUACUCAGAUAUGAUUUGCUAGUAUACUUCAAUUUUGUAAAACCAGAAUUAUUGUUUAGUAUAUUCUCCAAAUAUUUCUUGUUUUUAUCAUCUUAUAAUAAAAAUUCUCUUUUCAUAGCAAUCAAUAUAAUUCUCGUAGCUACUUACUUUGUACUCUAUAUCAGAUACAACAGGAGAAAUUAUUUCAAAUCUCUAGGAAAAAGUGAUCUCAACAAACUAAAAAUUAUUUUGCUCUUUACACAAAUUAUCUUCGACGAAGUCAAUCAGUUGCAUUUAAAACUCCUUGGUCGGAAGGGCCGUCCUGAUGACUAG